AGCUGGUCUCUGAAGGUGUAGCCUUGAAUGCCAGCUCAGGGGGCUGGGCAUCAGCCAGGGAGGACUGGCCAGGAAGCUCAUUUCCCUGGGAGGGAGGGCACUUUUCCUCCACCACCCACUCGCCCUCCCUCAGCCACCUGCCUAGCUUUUUUCCUCACUUGCUCUUGUCCUCCAGAGCCAGACAGGCUCCAGCUUACCUCAGGUACACACCGCCAGGCCCCACGCAGCUCCAGGAGGCCAGAUACGGGCAGCGGAGCGAAGACCCAGGAGCUUCCUGCAGCCAUGCUGGCCCUCAGCCUGGUCAUUCUGGGCCUGCUCACUGCAGUGCCACCUGCCAGCUGUCAACAAGGCCUAGGGAACCUUCAGCCCUGGAUGCAGGGCCUCAUUGCGGUGGCAGUGUUCCUGGUCCUCGUUGCAAUUGCCUUUGCCGUCAACCACUUCUGGUGCCAGGAAGAGCCGGAGCCUGGAGCCAUGGUCAUGACCGUUGGAAACAUGACGGAUGGAGUCCUGGUGGGAAUGGAAGGAAGGUACUCCUCAGUGGCGGCUGGCUUCAGGUCCAGUGAGCACAAGAAUGCCUAUGAGAACGUCCUAGAGGAGGAGGGCAAAGUCCGCAGCACCCUCAUGUGACCCGGCUCGCUUGAGGCUCUGAGGCACCUGUGAUCCAUGCCAUUGCCACCCAGCCACUUCCUUUGCAGUGCAGGAAUCUAAUGGUGGGCUGACACCUUGGAGCUGCCGCCAGCCAAGUUUGGGGCUCACACU